CAAGUUGAUAAGAAAAAUGACAAUUUUACAUUGUGUUUUAAUAAAACUACUCUAAUGAAAUUCUCUCUAACAGUCGGCUUCGAUUAUCACUAAAUACGCUCGUUAAAAGUGAAAAUUAUAUGUUCAGUGAAAAUUAUAAAGUUUUACAAAUGAAGCAUUAGUUUAGAAAAGAAACAGAAAAAUGUGGGACAACGCUAUCGAAUAUUUAAAAGAUCCUUUACUUGUAGUUAAAGUUCAAAACUUCUUCGGUGUAAUUUAUAAAAGUGUUCAAAAGAAUGAAUCAUCCGAGGUGGUGCAUUCUGAGAGGCUGGAGCGUGUAAACGAAGAGUUUGAUAUUAAGCAACAUAAACGAAUACCAAGUAAUAUCUCUAGUAGUUCUGGUUCCUCGUAUGAAACUGAUACAUCGUCGGAGAGUAACAAGGACGAAGUGGAGUGCACGAUAAACAACAAAUUUUGGUACUAUGUGUUCGUAGUGGGCACCGCCUUUGGUGACGAGAUAUUCUAUGCUACUUUUAUACCAUUUUGGUUUUGGAACAUCGAUAGUGCCGUUGGUAGAAGGGUUGUUUUGGUCUGGACGGUCGUUAUGUAUAUAGGACAAGGCUUCAAGGAUAUAAUACGAUGGCCUAGACCUGGCUAUCCUGUUAAGAAGUUACAGACAAAAUGGGCAAUAGAAUAUGGUAUGCCGUCAACACAUGCCAUGGUUGGUGUGUCAAUACCGUUCUCCGUAUUACUCUACACCAUGGAUAGGUAUGAGUAUCCAGCGCACUGGGGUGCUCUCUUAGCUGUCUCCUGGUGCACCCUCAUAUGUGUCAGUAGACUGUAUCUUGGAAUGCAUAGUGUGUUGGAUAUAGUUGCAGGUUUGCUCCUAUCAGCCGCUCUGUUAGUAGUGCUGAUACCAAUUGUUGACUGGCUUGAUGGUCUCAUACUUACUUCACACUAUGCACCCUUAGUGAUCAUAGCUAUCUCUAUAUUGGUGAUAGUCUUCUAUCCAAAUGCCGACAAAUGGACUCCAACAAGAGGCGACACCACACUGAUCGUGAGCGUGUGCGCGGGCAUCCUGACCGGCUCUUGGACCAACUAUCAGCUCGGGAAUAUGACGGCCAGCGCUGAACGACCACCGUACGAGAUCAUCUGGCCGUCAAUCGAGAUGCUGGGCUGCACCAUACUGAGAACUAUCCUCGGCUUCUGCGGAGUGCUAGCCACUAGGGCGGUGGGCAAGUCAGUUUCCUAUGCGUUUGUCUGCGCGUUACUAGGGAAGGACAAGAACGAACUGAGGAACUCUGAAGAUAGUCUAGAUAAUAAAAAUAAAAUAAUUGUGGAACUCAGUUAUAAAUACUUCACGUACGGUAUGAUAGGAUUCAAUACGACGUACGUCCUUCCAAAUGUAUUUGAUUUGCUGCAAAUCAAUAGACUGACAUACUACACAGAGGUAUGAUUCCCAUUUAUUCGUGAUAUGAACAGUGAUCAUACGAAUGUAAAACAGUUAUUAUAAAUCGAAUUCGUCCAAAAAUAUGUAGAUAUUAGUUAGACGAUGUAGUUAUCUUAUUAAUAUAAUAAAAUUGUAACUGUAUAAUGUCUGUACAUGGGAUAUAUUUGAGAACAAUUAAUAUAAAAGGUCUUAAUAAUACUAAAACAAUAUUUUUUUGAAUUUUUGUCUGUCUGUAUGUUUGUUCCGGCGUCACGGAAAAACAAUUGCACGACAUUUAAGUGUAGUUUUAACUUGUCUUUCUGAAAGUUUUACUCAAAAUCUUGAUACGUCGUCUGGAAGUGGUCAAUUCUAUUGUUUUUCCUACUUCUGAAGUACACGCGUCAGAAGUAGCGGGCAAAAAGCUAGUUUACAAUAAAAUCAGUGAAGUGCGUGUAUAUAGUGCCUGAAAUAUUUUGUUAAUUCUUUUUACUUCUAAUAACAUAUACAGGGUAGAAGGGACAGGUUGGUCAAAACGAAAACGGCUGAUUCAAAUGAAUCAUCUGAAUUAGAUUGUAGAUUAUUUUCCUACCGGAAAUGCACCACAACUAUAUAAUUAACAAUUUUUAGUGUUGACGGCGCGCAAUGUAUUUGAAAUUUUACGAUCCAUACGACGCGCGAUACCUACAUCGCCCAUUCAAUGGCACUUCUUCGUAGGUAGUCUCGUACACUUUUGGCGUUGAUCUUACACAGCUGAUUCCGCGCGUUGUGGUGGGAUUUUAAUAAGAAAAUUACAUUUCUGUUUUUGGUAUUUCAUAGUGUUUCACUAUAUGUAAAAUAUUAUUAUUUCUUUGUAUUAUGUCAAUAAUAACAUAAAUUACAAGAUUUAAAAUUAAAAUAUAGGAAAAAAUUGAAAAUUUUCUGAAAGACUUUCCACUGGUUUUCAAUUCAGAAAAGUGGUCUGAAUUCAUUGUACCAACCUGUUCCUUACACCCUGUAUUAAUACUUAUUUAA